AUGGGUUCAUGCUCUGUGUUAUUGUGUAUGUUGGGGUUAAUAAUUGUGAUUGUGGGUGAUGUAGUUUAUGGUCAAAACUCAAUACAAGACCUCCUUAAUGCUCACAAUUCAGCAAGAUCAGCGGUUGGAGUUCCAAAUUUGGUUUGGGAUGAUGUUGUUGCAAGCUAUGCUGAAAGAUAUGCAAAUGAGCGUAGAGAUUGUCAAUUGAUCCAUUCAUCAGGUGGGCCCUAUGGAGAGAACAUUGCAAUGGGUUGGGGAGGUUAUAUUGUUUCAGGCACUGAUGCCGUGAGAUUGUGGGUAAAUGAAAAACCAUAUUAUGAUUAUAAUUUUAACACUUGUGUUGGUGGUGUGGAUUGUCUUCACUAUACUCAAAUUGUUUGGAGAAAUUCGUUGCGCGUUGGAUGUGCAAAAGUAACUUGUAAUAAUGGUGGUGUUUUUGUUACAUGUAAUUAUGAUCCUCCCGGUAAUAUUAUUGGAGAGAGACCUUACUAA